AUGAAUAUAAACUCAUUCCAAUUCUCAACAGAAGACGCUAAGAGAAUUAUAUUGGAAGCUCCUGAUACGACAAGAAAGACUGCAGUUGUGCUAUUUAUUACAUUAGGAUUAUUAAUUGGAGCUUUGGCUUUUAGUCUGUAUGGGAUGACUGAUUCAUGGAACUGUGAGCUUGACUCAAGCAAUCAGACAUAUAAUUCUUUAUGCCACGAACUACGAGGCUAUGUAGGCUGUCGAAAUGUUAAAGGCCCAUUAAGCGCAGAAAUUAUAAUCAACUACAAAGGAGAAGCGAAAGCAAGUGCUACUAUGGUAUGCCCAUGGGAUAAUGCUAUAUCGGAACUAAGAGUUUGCUUUAUACUGGUAUCAAUCCUCAGCAUUCUUAUGGGAAUUAGGAGUUUAACUACGGAAAGCAAGAAGCAAGCUGACAUGGUUGUUCAAGUAUCUUAUAUUUUUUCGUUUUUACUGCUAAUGGCAAGCACGUUCGAUUUAUUUGCUGUGAAUGAUUCUGAGCUGAAUAACAAAGAUGUAUGUACGCUCUCAGGAACUUUUGAGUUUAAGAACGUAGAAAGUGAAAGACUCCAGUGUGGCUACACAUUUUAUUCCAUGACAGGAUUUUAUGGCUACCUUUGUGGAUUUGGGCUGCUUAUAAGUGCUUUACAGCUAAGGACUUGGAAAGAUAAUUUAACUUUAGACGGCCUUUAA